AUUUCGGUAGAAUCCUAACACUGCAGUGAAACAUCAUACAAACAUUCAACACACUGUUUGCCGUUUGCUGCUGAAAUCUGGAGAGAGACACAACAUGGAAGAAGAACAAGAAGUGCUUGGCUCAAGCUUAACAAUGGAGAAAGUGGCUACUGCUAAAAAAUACAUUGAGAAUCAUUAUAAAGCCCAGAUGAAGAAUAUUCAAGAAAGGAAAGAAAGGAGAUGGAUGCUUGAAAGAAACUUAGCUUCUUCGGAUGUGCCUGUGGAGGAGCAGCACAAUUUGAUUAAAGAUUUAGAACGAAAGGAGACAGAAUUUAUGAGACUACGAAGGCAGAAGACACGUGUUGAAGAUUUUGAUCUUUUGACCAUCAUUGGGAGAGGAGCCUACGGCGAGGUUCGAUUAUGCCGGGAGAAGAAAUCUGGAACGAUAUACGCAAUGAAGAAAUUGAAGAAGAUUGAAAUGGUGAAAAAGGGACAGGUAGAACAUGUCAUAACUGAGAGGAACUUGCUGGCAGAAGUUGCCAGUAACUUCAUAGUAAAGCUCUAUUACUCGUUCCAAGAUGAUGAAUACUUAUAUCUAAUUAUGGAAUACCUUCCUGGCGGUGAUAUGAUGACUUUGCUAAUGAGAGAAGACACGCUUACUGAAGGCAUGGCAAAGUUUUACAUAGCUCAAACUGUCCUGGCCAUAGAGUCCCUUCAUAAACAUAAUUACAUCCACAGGGAUAUCAAACCAGAUAACCUUCUUCUUGACAAGAACGGGCACAUGAAACUCUCAGAUUUUGGUCUUUCUAAGCCUCUGGAGUGUAGAGCUUUGUCCCCACUGAAUGAGAAUGAACCUAUGGCUGAUGUGAGUUUAGGAGAGCCAAUGGAUAUUGAUGGCUCUAUUCCUAAUACAGUUAACGGAAGUAAAUGGAGAAGCCCCCAAGAGCAGCUCCAGCAUUGGCAGAUGAACAGGAGGAAGCUGGCAUAUUCAACAGUUGGAACACCAGACUACAUCGCCCCUGAAGUACUAUUAAGGAGAGGAUAUGCAAUGGAGUGUGAUUGGUGGUCUUUAGGUGCAAUAAUGUAUGAGAUGCUUGUGGGUUAUCCCCCAUUUUAUUCUGAUGAUCCUACAUCCACUUGCCGAAAGAUUGUUCACUGGAGAACUUACCUAAAAUUUCCAGAAGAUGCAAAUUUAUCAAAUGAGGCUAAGGAUUUAAUUUGUGGAUUACUUUGUGAUGUUGAUCAUAGGCUGGGUACUGGUGGUGCACACCAAAUUAAGGCUCACCCUUGGUUCAAGGAAGUGUUAUGGGAUAAACUAUAUGAGAUGGAGGCUGCAUUCAAACCAGAAGUCAACGGGGAGCUGGACACCCAAAAUUUUAUGAAAUUUGAUGAAUUGAUACCUCCACCUCCGGCAAGAACAAGCUCAGGACCCACUCGAAAGAUGCCAUCAACUCCGAAAGACUUAAGUUUCGUGGGGUAUACAUACAAGAACUUUGAUGCUGUCAAGGCAUUAAGAAAUUCUUCUGGCAAUUCCAAUGUUGAUCACACAAUCAAGUGGAAAGUAGAGGAACCUGAAGUGCAAAUGUUGGCCGCUACAUCUGGUGCAAUGUCACCAUAAUGUGAUACAUACAUGCAUAAUGAUUAAUCCUUUGAUGGAAGCCUUUGCGUUUAAUCAGGUCAUUGUUGUCAUCUUUGUACAGUGCUGUUUGAAAACUUGAUAAAGUCCUAAUGAUGUGUAAACUGGUAGGAAUCAUUCUCUCCCAGCAAAAGAGUUUUGUAAUAACAAUUUACUAACAGGGGUCAAUAGUCGGCUGUGACGUGGCUGCCCAGGCUGGCAAGAUAUAAAUUUGCCAUCUCUUGUGGCAGUUUCUGGUCAAAAGGUUUACUCAGAGUCAAACUCGGCCUUCGAAUUUCUUCUCUAAGUGGGGAUAAGGCUUCUUACUAUACUAUACUUCUUCGUGGCCUUCAUUUCAUACUUCUUCGUGUUCUGAUAUAUUGUACUAUUGUAACUUGUUCAUGUACUUGUUGAAAAGAGAUGUUUCAAGAGUACACUGCUGAUGUUAAAAUGGCUAGGUUUGUGUUUGAGAAAAAGAGUACAUUGGUUGGUCUGUUUUCA